AGAUGUGGUGUGGUUUAUUGAUCGUUAGCCAGGCAGGACUUGAGCGCCAUCAGCAGCUGUCACCAACAUCGUACCGGAUUCCUCCAAAUCGAGUGACCUGGAUGUGAAACUAGACUAAAGGCCGUAUCUCGCUUUGUUUUGACAGACCGUAACAACGCUGCGAUAAAAACAGGGUGGUUGCAGUAACAGCGGAGUAGCUAGCUAACUUUAUCAAUCGGGGAUUUUACCCCUUUUCCCCCCCUCAAUAAUAACGUUAUAUCCAUCAUAGAAAAAAUGAAGGGACUUGCGAGGUGCAUUUUGACCGACUAAAUUAGUUGAGAAGAAUGGAAAGCAGGUGCUGAGAGGAGCAGGGAACAAUGUUGUUAUAAGCGAGUUAGCUAACGUUAGCUCAGCUAGCUGUUAGUUAACUACAUCAAGUUAGUGGGCUGAGUUAGCCGGGCUAACUCAGCCCACUAAUUUAAAUAGGCACGCACAAUAUUCGGCUUUGCUGCCUAACGUUAGCUGCUUGGAAAUAUUUGCUUUGUGACAUUUUCCCCCCAGUGAAACACUCAGCGUUUAACCCUUAUUUCUGCUUUUUACUACCGUUAAGCUAGCUAGCUAACCAGCUGUUAAGAUCAGCGCUGAACUCGUUGCUUCAGUCUUGCUGUGGUGUCACUGCAAUCUGUUGGCUGCUGAAGUCAUUUUACAAACAUAGCUUUACUGCUGUUGAACUGGCAGGCGGACGACAGCCAUGGCCCAAGAAGCAUUUCCUCUGCAUUUUCUAGUCUGGAACAAUCAGUACCUGGAGCUUGAUCGGGAGCUGCAGAAGAAAGAGCUCGUGUGUUUUUGUGUGCAGCAGGAUGUAGACCGUCUGGAUCCGAGGGGGCGCACCCCGCUGGAGCUGGCUGUGUGUCUGGGCCACCUGGAGUCCACCCGGGUGCUGCUCAGGCACUCUGUAGACCCGACACACUGCAGCGCACAGGGCUGGACCAUCUUGCAGGAGGCGGUAAGCACCGGGGACCCUGAGCUGGUCCAACUGGUACUCCAGUACAGAGACUUCAAGCGUGCCACUGAGAGACUGGCGGGCAUCCCAGAGCUGCUCAGCAAACUAAGACAGGCGCGGGACUUCUAUGUAGAGAUGAAGUGGGAGUUCACCAGUUGGGUGCCCCUGGUGUCAAAGGUGUGUCCCAGUGACGUCUACCGGGUCUGGAAAAGCGGCUCGUGCCUCCGGGUGGACACCACCCUCCUGGGCUUUGAACACAUGACCUGGCUAAAAGGACGACGCAGCUACAUCUUCAAGGGUGGAGACGACGGGGCCGUGGUGAUGGAGGUGGACCAUGAGAAGCAGGUGGUGUACACAGAGCCACUUGUGUUGUCUCCCCGUGACGCGCCCUCCCUACUCGCAGCCAUGCAGCCGUCGCAGGAGAACACAGCUCAGAGACUCACGUCGCCCAUCGUCUCCACGCACCUCAACACACGCAACAUUGCCUUCGAAAGGAACAAGUCGGGAAUCUGGGGCUGGCGAUCUGAGAAGAGUGAGGUGGUCAGUGGGUACGAAGCCAAGGUUUACAGUGCUACCAAUGUGGAGCUGGUGACUCGGUCAAGGACGGAGCAUCUGUCAGACCAGGAUAAGUCGAGGAGCAAAGGCUCAAAGACUCCUCUGCAGUCCUUCCUGGGGAUUGCUGAACAACACACAGCUCACAAUGGGAGUAAUGUAUCCCAGUGUGCCAGCCCUCACAACCCCACGGCCAUCACAGCCGAGGAGUAUUUCAACCCAGAGUUCAACCUGAACGGCCGGGACAUCGGACGUCCCGUCGAGCUUACCAGCAAAGUCCAGAAGUUUAAAGCGACCCUGUGGUUGAGCGAGAGUCACCCAUUGUCCCUGGCCGAGCAGGUGACACCCAUUAUCGACCUCAUGGCCAUCUCCAAUGCCCACUUUGCCAAGCUGCGGGACUUCAUCACGCUGCGCCUGCCGCCAGGCUUCCCUGUCAAGAUAGAGAUUCCCUUGUUUCACGUGUUGAACGCUAGAGUGACGUUCAGUAACCUGUGCGGCUGCGACGAGCCUGUCAGCUCUGUGACUGUUCACCAAACCGAGAGCUCCGAGGAAGCUGGUCAGUCUCCCACUCGCUUCGACUGUGAGGUGGACCCCUCGGUAUUCGAACCACCCGCGGACUACACCACCCUUGGUCCAGGCCGCAGCGAGCCGAUGAGGGACGAGGAUGACAACCUGCUGCAGUUCGCCAUCCAGCAGAGCCUGCUGGACGCCGGCACAGAGAGUGACCAGGUGACCAUCUGGGAGGCCCUGACCAACAGCCGCCCUGUGCCCCCGAGUCCACUGUAUGAGGAAGACUCUCAGUUGGAGAGGUGAGCCAACCUUCAGACUUUACCUCUGUU